GGGAUUACUGGUUUGCCAGGCACGUUACCUACGAAGAAGAUGGUAUAGGAGGCUUGAUUCUAUAAUUAAUACUUCUCUUAUUGCCCAGGAGAUAACAGUCUCAUUUGAUUUCAUAAAGCUCAACUCAGCUUCAUAAUUUUAAUCAAAAGUGGCAAAAUGGCAUCAACAUGUUCAAUACGUUCUGGACUUCCAUAAUGCAAUGCUCAAAGAAAACACUCUUUUUUAGAGUGUCUCUUGGCACCAUCAGAAAUGUCUUCCUUAAGUGGAAAAGUCCAAACUGUUUUAGGUCUUGUGGAGCCAAGCAAAUUGGGCCGAACCCUGACCCAUGAACACCUGACGAUGACCUUUGACUUCUGUUACCACCCACCUUCACCAAGCCAUGAAGCUACCUCUAAGGAAACUUUUAUGCUGAAAAAUUUAUUUUGGAUUCAGAAAAACCCUUAUUCACAUAAAGAGAAUCUUCAGUUGAAUCAGGAAACAGAUGCCGUAAGGGAGGAAUUGUUAUAUUUUAAAGCCAAAGGCGGAGGGGCUUUGGUGGAGAACACAACCACAGGGAUCAGCCGAGAUGUAAAGACUUUGAGGCGGCUUGCAGAACAGACCGGCAUCCAUAUUAUAUCUGGAGCUGGGUUUUAUGUGGAUGCAACUCACUCUCCAGAAACCAGAGCCAUGUCAGUGGAGCAGCUAACUGAUGUACUCCUUAAUGAAAUUCUCCAUGGAGCUGAUGGAACCAGUAUCAAGUGUGGCGUCAUUGGAGAAAUUGGCUGCUCCUGGCCUCUGACUGAGAGUGAAACAAAAGUUCUUCAGGCAACAGCCCAUGCGCAAGCUCAGGUUGGCUGUCCUGUCAUCAUCCAUCCCGGACGGAAUGCAAGUUCACCAUUUCAGAUUAUCCGUAUACUGCAGGAAGCAGGUGCAGACAUCUCCAAGACAGUCAUGUCACAUCUUGAUAGGACUAUACUUGAUAAGAAGGAACUACUGGAGUUUGCUCAACUUGGCUGUUACUUGGAAUAUGAUCUCUUUGGUACCGAACUCCUUCAUUACCAAUUCAACCCAGAUAUUGACAUGCCUGAUGAUAAUACAAGAAUUAGAAGGGUGCGUCUCCUGGUGAAUGAGGGCUAUGAAGAUCGAAUUCUGAUGGCACAUGACAUACAUACGAAGCAUCGGCUGAUGAAAUACGGAGGUCACGGCUAUUCUCACAUACUCACCAACAUUGUUCCUAAAAUGUUGCUUAGAGGUAUAACUGAGAAUUCAAUUGAUAAAAUCCUAAUAGAGAACCCUCAACAGUGGCUAACUUUCAAAUAGGAUGAUUGUGAAUUCUUAUCUUGAGCAUAAGAGCUACAGGGAAUAUUCAGUGAUUUCAAACCCACAGUGAGAUAUUAAUUGGUGCUACACAGGACUAAUGAAAGAUCAUUUCUUUUUGAUGAGAACUAGGAGAUUUUUACCUUUUCAGAAACUAGCUAUUGCAUCUGCACCUUCCGGGAGUUGCUGAGCCUAAUUGAGCUCCAUUUUUUGUCUUAAAAUAAAUACAGAAAUACCUAUUUCCAAACAAAGACAAAUUCUAUGUCCCCUAAGUGGAGUUUUGUUUUGUUUUACUAAUCUAUCCGCUACACAACUUGAGAAAUUUAAAGUGUUUCUAGUUAAACUCCCCACUUCUGGAGCAAUCUUAUGUUGCUUUUAAUAUUGAUGAUCCUACUAAUUAUCCUGCUGUUCUGUAAUUAAUGCUUAAUGAAUAAUAUGACACUUUAAAAUAGCUUCUGCAGCAAAGGAAGUUAAAUUGGAGACCUUUUCUCAAAGAAUCCUGUAAUACAAUUACUAAUUCAUGAUGGUAAAAAUAUUAUGGCAGGAUAAUUAUAUGCUACCCACCUAUCUACCUAUACAUGUGUAUGUAUAUACACACAUGCAUACUUGUAAUAAAUUAGCUUUGUUGCCUUUGUCUUUGAUAUUCCUUUUACUGUGAAAUUUAUUGUGUUUGAAAAAUUCAUAUGAGGGCAUGAACACAUAACAGUACUGAAUUUUAAAAAUUCAAUCGUAAAAGUCAAAAAAAAUUACAUAAUAUAGUUUAAUGAAUCAUUACAUUUGUAAUAACAAAGGCCACAAUUUAAUAAGA